AUGUUGUGGAAAUAUCAGCUAUGUUGUGGAAAUAUCAGCUAUGUUGUGGAAAUAUCAGCUAUGUUGUGGAAAUAUCAGUUAUGUUGUGGAAAUAUCAGUUAUGUUGAGGAAAUAUCAGUUAUGUUGUGGAAAUAUCAGUUAUGUUGUGGAAAUAUCAGUUAUGUUGUGGAAAUAUCAGUUAUGUUGUGGAAAUAUCAGCUAUGUUGUGGAAAUAUCAGCUAUGUUGUGGAAAUAUCAGCUAUGUUGUGGAAAUAUCAGCUAUGUUGUGGAAAUAUCAGCUAUGUUGUGGAAAUAUCAGCUAUGUUGUGGAAAUAUCAGCUAUGUUGUGGAAAUAUCAGCUAUGUUGUGGAAAUAUCAGCUAUGUUGUGGAAAUAUCAGCUAUGUUGUGGAAAUAUCAGCUAUGUUGUGGAAAUAUCAGCUAUGUUGUGGAAAUAUCAGCUAUGUUGUGGAAAUAUCAGCUAUGUUGUGGAAAUAUCAGCUAUGUUGUGGAAAUAUCAGCUAUGUUGUGGAAAUAUCAGCUAUGUUGUGGAAAUAUCAGCUAUGUUGUGGAAAUAUCAGCUAUGUUGUGGAAAUAUCAGCUAUGUUGUGGAAAUAUCAGCUAUGUUGUGGAAAUAUCAGCUAUGUUGUGGAAAUAUCAGCUAUGUUGUGGAAAUAUCAGCUAUGUUGUGGAAAUAUCAGCUAUGUUGUGGAAAUAUCAGCUAUGUUGAGGAAAUAUCAGUUAUGUUGAGGAAAUAUCAGCUAUGUUGUGGAAAUAUCAGCUAUGUUGUGGAAAUAUCAGUUAUGUUGUGGAAAUAUCAGCUAUGUUGUGGAAAUAUCAGCUAUGUUGAGGAAAUAUCAGCUAUGUUGAGGAAAUAUCAGCUAUGUUGA